GGUGACGUCAUUGUUAUUGUGGGACUGGGAGACCCAGCCGCACAGAGAUUUCGACGCCGUUUCACGACCGUUUAAACCAGAAAGAAUUGUUCAAGAGAAGAUAUUCGAAGGACCAAGUCGACGCCAUGUCGAUACCAAAGGAGUUUUCACCAGCAAACAGCCUACAAGGCUCCUGGGUGGAAUUGCACUUCGAUGGUUCUGGCCGUUCUAGCCACCAUGGAAGUCAGGAGCUGAUCCCAGGGUCCACUCAGGAGGAUGACGUGGAGAAAAUGCUGCUGGACGCACAACACGAGUCUGGCCGCAGCAGCUCCAGAGGGAGCUCUCAGUGCAACAGCCCUGGUAGAGCACAGACACCCCUGCUUGUGUGGAGAGGCUCAGAGGGGAACAGCUCUCAGUCGGAGGAAGACUUCCAAGAAAGGAGACGGGAGGUCGAGCUGUUGAUGAAGAGAAACGCAGACUGGAUCUGGGACUGGUCCAGUCGACCCGAGAACAACCCACCAAAGGAGUUCCUGCUGAAGCACCGCAAGCGCUCAACCUCUCUCAGCAUCCGAAACACCAGCGUCAUGAAGAAGGGAGGCGUCCUCUCCGCUGACUUCCUGAAAAUCUUCCUGCCCUCAUUAAUCAUUUCUCACCUUCUGGCUGUUGGACUGGGGAUUUAUAUCGGGAAGCGUGUGACCUCACACCACACCUUCUAAGAAGGUGGCGAUGUCGCUGUGACCAUCGAAGCGUGCCUUAACGCGGGACGCAGAUCAGACCCACACGACCGGAUCCUCAACAUGGACCUUCUCGAUCAGCGUUUUCUACACAGCAGUGACUUGUAUGUCGCUUCUUUAAUCCGCACAUUUCAGAGCUGGUGUUGCCUCUACUGAGUCUUUGUUUUUGUAAUUGUACUAGUGUAUGAACAAUCAACACUUUUUUUGUUAAGAUGAUUCAAGAUAAUGUGAAAAUGUCUUCUGUUGAUCCAAAAUAAAAGCUUUUGACAUGCACACGGUCCAUUAAGGAGGAAGGAAAAGGAGCGAGAUAUAGAUGAACACAAUUCAAAUUUUAUUGAACUUUGGUCAAAAAUAAUCAAACAAGUGAAUACAUUGCCACCAUGUUGGGAACCAAUGGACAAAGACAAUGUGUUUCGGUUUGCUAUUUAAUGGUCGUUUUCUUUUCUGCAUUCACAACUACGGAAAUAAUAUCCAAAAGUGUUAUGCCUAAUGGAUGAAUAAGGGCACAUGUCUGAAUGUCCUUGGUGAUUUUUUCCGGAGGCACUCUCUCACAUAAACUGUAUGGUGUGCAAUUAUUCCUCCUUAAUGUGUAAUUCUUUAAUAGACAGCCACGUGUAGCAGCAGUAUACGAGGACUCUAGAAAAUAGGAUUUACAAAUAAUGCACAUGAGGUUUGGGGACAUAAAUUGUAGCUGUUAG